AUGGAUUCUGUUAAGAGCAACCGAAAUUCUGAUGUGAAGUGCCAUAAAGGAUUCCAGUAUGUCUUUGACAAGUUCAUAAACAAUAAUACAACUAAAUCCUACAGAUGUCGUAGAAGAGACAUGAAUUGCAAAGGCCGUAUACAUAUCACUCCUGGUGAAAUACGUGUCGUGAAUGGCCAUGGCGGUCAUGAUGAAUCACCUACGAGUGUAGAAGUAGGUACAGUUUUUUUUUGA